UAUGCGAUCUCAUAGAUAAACAGCUCCAACGGUCAUAUUUCAUUAGAGAGAAAAGAUGCGGAAGAGAAAGGUUGCAUCUGUGAUUGAAGAAGAAGAAAGUGUGCAAAACCAUGGCCAUAAUAACCAAAACGAAAACGAGGAUUGUGAAGGAAAUGGGUUCUUUGCUUGCUACCUAUUGACCUCUCUCAGCCCCCGCUUCAAAGGCCACACUUACAUCGGAUUCACAGUGAAUCCGAGGCGCCGGAUCAGGCAACACAAUGGGGAAAUUGGGUGUGGAGCUUGGAGAACGAAGAAGAGGAGGCCUUGGGAGAUGGUUUUGUGUAUCUAUGGCUUCCCAACAAAUGUCUCAGCUCUUCAGUUUGAAUGGGCUUGGCAGCACCCUGUUGAAUCAUUGGCUGUAAGGAAGGCAGCUGUGGAAUUUAAAUCCCUCUCUGGAAUUGCCAACAAGAUUAAACUUGCAUACACAAUGCUCACCCUUCCAUCCUGGCAGAGCAUGAAUAUCACUGUGAACUUCUUCUCCACUAAGUACAUGAAACACUGUGCUGGUUGCCCGAGCUUGCCAGUGCACAUGAAGACCAAGUUUGGCUCACUGGAUGAACUUCCAUGUUAUAAUAAAGGCAUUGAUGGUUUGUCAGAGAAUGAAGAUGAUACUAUUGAUGAAGUACAAUUUGAUGAUAAUAAUAUUAGUACUAGUGGUUCUGUUCCAGAUGUGAGCGAUGAUUUAGUCACUCCUGAUUCACCCCAAAAUCCAAAUGACGGGGACAAGAUUAGUGAAGCAUUUGAGUGGAACAAAGAAUCUGAAGCAAGAGAACCUCCACUAGGUAAUUCAUUUGCUUCACAAGAGCAGAGCCAACUGUUUAGUUCUACAACGCCACUGACAAUGAAAUCAUCAUCAACAACUUCAUUACAAAGAGCUGAGAUUAUUGAAGAAGACGAUUUUAUGAGUGUGAUGAAUAAGAGUGAUGCUGAUUUGAGUCAACCAGAACCAGAGCAAUCAGGUGCUACUACAUUGGUAGCCAAUAAAAAUCGAGAUGUCGGCCGCACAUUUGUUGUGCCCCAUGAAACUGAAAUUAUCGAUUUGUCAACCCCCUCUCCUAGUUGCAGAAGCGUUUUGGAUAGGAAGAAGAGAAGAGUUUCCUCUUCUGUUGGUACUGAUUUUAUUGACUUAACCAACUCCCCCAACUUCAUUGAAUUGUAAGGCUUUGUUUGGCCUUUCACACCAAUGUGAUGAUAAAACAUUGGCUAUUAAAUAAUCUGCUCUGUCAUACUCCAUUAUCUUUCUCUGAUAUGGAUCACGCAAAGCAUAUUUAUAUAUUCAUACUCCACAGGCCACCAAUGAAUGUGUAAGAAUGGAGAAAUCUGAACAAAUAAAUAUUAUCUUGUUUGUUUGCUCAA